UCUCUUUCUUAUUCUGUACUUCGUUACUACCGCUGCUCACAUUAGUCUGUCCAAACAAAUCCCUAAUAAUACAACAACUAUCUCCCUCGCUCCUCGUUACCAUUUCUAGGGUUUCGAGUUUCUUUGUUUUUUUAUCUCCUCUGAAGAAGAAGGAGAAUGUCGGUUCCUGUGAACAAGAUCUUCUCUUCUCCAAUUUUAAAGACCACUACUUGCGGUUCUCUUCUCCAAGAAUUACAGAAAAUAUGGGAUGAAAUUGGGUUGAGUGACACUGAAAGAGAUAAGAUGCUUUUGCAACUUGAACAAGAAUGCUUAGAUGUUUACAGAAGAAAAGUUGAAAAGGCUUCUAAAUACAAGGCUGAUUUGCAUCAGGCUUUGGCUGAGGCAGAUUCUGAAGUUGCUAAUCUUGUUUCAGCCCUUGGAGAGCAAGCCUCGAUAUCAAGAGUAAAGGGGACUCUCAAAGACCAAAUUUCUGCUAUAAAGCCUGUCUUGGAGGAUUUAAGGCGCAAGAAAGAUGAAAGGGUCAAAGAAUUUCAGAAAAUUCAGUCCCAGAUUGUUCAGUUACUGGCACAGUUAGCGGGUAAUGCUCACCAUGACAAUUCUUCUGAUCCUCAAGUUGAUGAAUGUGAUCUGACUGUGGUUAAGUUGGGAGAACUCAAGUCACAACUUCAAGAGCUUCAAAGAGAAAAGACAGUAAGGGUUCAAAAGGUUAAUGGCCACAUUAGUUGCAUCCAUGAACUAUGCAUUGUAAUGUCAGUUGACUUUUUUGAGACAAUUAAUAAGGUCUACCCGAGCUUGAGUGAUUCUGCACAUGGGCAGCCGAAGAGCAUUAGCAAUGAUACACUUGCUAGACUAGCUGCAGUAGUUCAUUCUUUAAAGCAAGAGAAACAACAAAGGCUGCGGAAGCUUCAAGAUCUGGGAAGCACACUUGUAGAACUGUGGAAUCUCAUGGACACGCCAGUGGAUGAGCAAAAUGUAUUUCAUCAUGUUACAUGUUUGAUUUGUUCAUCUACUGAUGAAAUCUCAAGUCAAGGCUGCCUCGCUUUGGAUGUCAUUGAGAAGACUGAGCUUGAAGUACAACGAUUGAAUAUUGUGAAAGCAAGCAAGAUGAAAGAACUGGUUUUGAAGAAGCAGAAGGAGAUUGAAGAAAUAUACAAGGGAGUUCAUGUGGAUGUUGAUUCAAAUACAGAGCGGGAGAUUCUCAACAAUAUUAUAGAUUCUGGAAAUGUUGAUUUAUCUGAUCUGCUAGCUGGUAUGGAUGACCAGAUUAUUAAAGCUAAAGAGCAAGCCUUGAGCAGAAAAGAUAUAUUGGAAAAGAUGGAGAAAUGGAAAUUUGCAGUUGAGGAGGAAGCCUGGCUUGAGAAUUAUGAAAGGGAUCAAAAUCGUUAUAGUGCUGGAAGAGGAGCGCAUAAAAAUCUAAAGCGUGCAGAAAAAGCGCGGACACUGGUCAGCAAAAUACCAUCUCUUGUAGAGAAUUUGAAAGCAAAAGUAAUAGUCUGGGAAGAAGACAAAGGAAUCCAGUUCAUGUAUGACAAGGUUCCUUUGUUGGAGACGUUGCGAGUGUAUAAUGUCUCUCGUCAAGAGCGAGAAGAGGAGAAGCGCAAAACUAGGGAGAAGAAACGUUUGCAAGAGCAACAUGUUGCAGAACAAGAGACACUCUAUGGGACAAAGCCAAGCCCAAUGCGGGCUUUGACAUCAAAGAAGCCGUUGGGACAAAUUAACUCCAAUACCGUGGGAGGGACCCCAGGAAGGCAUGCCACAACUCCUCUGUCCCGGCAUGGCAUCUCAGCAGCUAAAGAACGGAGAGACAAAGCUACUGCUGCACCAAUACCUGUAAACUAUGUUGCUCUACCUAAGGAUGACCCACCCGUGUCUCUCAGUGGUUUAGCAGCCGAUUCUCCCUCCCAAACUGGUCAAUUCUCUCGUUAGCUUUUUUUUCUUAGUGACUGACGCAGACAUGUAGUGGAGGGUCAGAUCAUCUCCAAGCCUUUUGUGUAGAGUUUGCGCUUAACCUAGUAGGAAUUUCUGUUGGUAUGUUAGGACAUGGAUAUGAACUCACCCUAUACCCUAAACAUUCCAGUUAGGAUAGUCACUGUUGUCGUAAUAAGUAAAUCCAUAUUUUCAUUCAUUGUCGAAUGACUAAGCGUGUAUACCUGUACAGAGUACAAUUGGAUGUCAUUUUAAAUAACAUGAGUAUCAAAUAUGGUUAGCCCCCUCCCUUCAAUUCCAAA